GUGAGAACACUGUUUGUGAGCGGUUUACCGAUGGACGCAAAGCCCAGAGAAUUAUAUCUACUCUUCAGAGCUUAUAAGGUGAGAACACUGUUUGUGAGCGGUUUACCGAUGGACGCAAAGCCCAGAGAAUUAUAUCUACUCUUCAGAGCUUAUAAGGGAUACGAAGGCUCUCUAUUGAAGGUGACGUCUAAAAACGGCAAGACUUCAUCCCCCGUCGGCUUUGUAACCUUCUCUACCCGUGCCGGUGCUGAGGCGGCCAAACAAGAUUUGCAACAGGGAAUUCGCUUCGAUCCCGAUUUGCCGCAAACGAUUCGCUUGGAAUUUGCCAAAAGCAAUACCAAAGUGAGUAAACCUAAGCAACAGUCGUCCCCACCAGCCGUGGCCACACAUCCAGCGCUGGCUAUGCAUCCACUGACAGGCCUUGAAUUGGGUGCCGCUCUCUUCUCGGGGGCGCACGACGGCUGGGCUCACCAUCCCUUGUCGUUCACUGAAAUGCCCAACGCUUUCAAUUCUCACGUCAUUCAUCCGGCACUUCACGCCCAGUUACCGCCACAGUUGGCAGUACCACAUCCAAUCAGUCACGCGGCAGCCCUGGCCAAUCAGGCAGCAAUUCAUGCAGCUAUACCACCGCAGCAUUUAGUGGCCACUAGUCCUGCUUUAGCCAGUCCAGUUGGUUCGGCCACAUCACCCAACUGUUCAACCCCUCCAUGCUCUACACUAUUUGUAGCCAAUUUGGGACAAUUUGUCUCAGAGCAAGAACUCAAAGAACUGUUCGGGAGUUUCCCAGGAUUUUGUCGCUUAAGGAUGCAUAACAAGGGAGGAGCACCUGUUGCGUUCGUCGAGUACACGGCUUAUGUUCUGUUUUCUUCAGAUCGGGGAGGAAUGAGGAUUGAAUACGCAAAGAACAAAAUGGGAGAAGUCUCGCAACAAACCAUUGCUCAUAAGGAAUCGUGUGGUAUGAUAUCGAUGCUGACACCUCUGGUGCACAUCACUAUCUAA